AUGGAGCAGUUGAGUGGUGGUGGUGACUGGCGAGAGACGAGCAGCACCAUUGAUCGUAAGUGCUCUUUGGAAUCAACAGCUUACAGCUGCAUGAGCUGGCUUGGAGAACAACCACGCGGUGACUCACUGACCGUCAGUAAAGAGACAAAUUGCGGUUACUUGGUCACAGACACCGAUAAC